UGUGUGUGCCGGCAAUGUGUGGCUGUGGUGGAGGUGGUGGUAUUGAGUGUGUGUGGUGAGUGCAUUCCGCUUUGGACGGGCCGAUCGCGUGUAUCGAUCAGUGCAGAGAGUUGGAUGCCAUCAGAGAGGACCCAGGGCAAGGACGUAUUGCUGCAGUACAAAGGCCCGCAUGUGUAAGGAAGUAAUGCUGCCAUUCGCCUUCAAGGUUCUUCAAGUUAUUUCAAGUUGAACAUUGCAUCUACUCGUUUAGUCUACGACGGAAAAAUGGCGGCAUCUAUAGCCCGUUUUGUGCCACAGAUGUUGGCACGUUUAACACAGCCACGGAUCCUGCCCUACUACAUACUCUUCUCUCUGUACCUGUACCUGUACAAGCCGUACACUCACAACAUUGAGAACGACAUCAUCGCUGCUGUCUUUAAGGCGCUGCCUGUCUGGUAUCUUGCCUUCUUCGUGAACCAGAAAAGAAAAGCCGCCUCCCAAAAUCAACUGAAUAUUUCUACAAUCUCGGAAUCAUCGUCAACUCAAAAUGGCGCCUCCUCUUCACAGCGAAAAGGCUCCGAUUAUUCUGACGGAACUACGCUUCCUGAUGGUGACAAUACAGACUCAUCACUAAAGACACAUCCAGACUCCGUCAGAUUCCAGUCGUUCUUUAUGCUCGGUCUGCUGGUAUCCAGCUCUGGUGAUAUAAGUUUGGAAUUCAAAGGGUGCUUCGAGCUGGGAGUUCUGUUCUUUGGGAUAGCUCAGAUACUCUAUCUCUACGCAAUGAAACCUUUACGACGAAAAAGUAAAUUCGCUUGGUUAGUGAUUCCUCUGAACGUGGUCCUAUAUUCAACUCUAAUUACGGGCAGCUUAACGAAUGUGGAUAUAGUUCUAGCCGGGUUAUAUUCUGUACUCAUCCACUCCAUGAUGUUCUAUGCAAUUUCCAGUUUCGAGAGCCUCCCUUCACCUUUGACAGCGUUCAGCGCGUUGGGAGCAUCGUCUUUCGUUUUAUCGGAUUUCUUGAUCGGCUACACACACUGGUGCGCUCCCUUAGUCUAUGGAGAAGCAAUCAUUAUGUUCAGCUACUACAUAGCUCAAGUACUCCUCACGUUGGGCGUCCCAUGACGUAGUUAUAAUGCCAACAGGAGACGCUGACUGUACAUUUUUAUUUAUUAAGUUUUCUUCCAUUUAAGUUGUUGUCUUAAAUCUUAUGCAUACAUGCCACUUGUCGAAAUUGAAAUUAAGGCUAAGAUGUCAUUCGACAUUAAAACAUGUUUAGAAAUUAUAUAAGAUCUUGACGGGUUUUUCUCUGUCAUAUUAUGAUAUCUUGGCCCGUGCCGGGAAUGGUUCCUCUUCAAAGUGGUAUUGUGUUUGUUUCUUCAGACUUUUACAGUCUUUGCUUUUCGCUUUUGUUUCAUUUUUAUUGUGUCAUUAGUACCAAUUUGGGAACGAAGAGGCGCUCCUACUAUAGCUUAGAUGGUUUCAUAUACGACUAGGAGCGAAUGGCCUUGGUUCGAAUUCCAAAUUGGGUGCCUUUGAACUCGGGUUGUCUUGUGGAGUUUUCAAGGCUCUCAACCCAUUUGGCUCUAUUCUAUCUGAGACGGACGUUAGAUUCUGAGGUCAUGCCUCAAAAAUAAUUAAACUUUUUGAUAGGGGUGUCAAACCCAUACAUGUUUGCCGUGGAAAAAGGGAGGCGUAGACUGAAUGUAUGUGCGCAGCAACGAAUUGUGUGAGUGUGUGUGUGUGUGUGUGUGUGUGUGUGUGUGUGUAUGUGUGUGUGUAUGUGUGUGUGUGUGUGUGUGUGUGUGUGUGUGUGUGUGUGUGUGUUUUGGGGGGGAGAGUUGAUAGGUUUGUUACGCAUGACCAAAUUUUGGAGUUUAAAUGCCAAGAUCAUACGUUCUGACGUUUCUUGGGUGUUAGAGAAUCAGGUCAAAAAGAUAGAAAGAUAGAUCAAGUGACAGUUAACUUGGAUAAGGAGAAACCAAAACGUUCAUUUACUUCUAGGACAAGAAUGAACAGAACUCUUUCUUCUUUAUAUGAAAAGAAAUUAUGGA